AUGAUUUCCAAAUUGGUACUUCACGAGCCUGUCAUACCAUCCUUGCUACCACCACACGAGCUGGCCCAGAAACGAGCUUUGGUGGAUGAAGUACUCGAUGCAUUCUCCAAAUCUGGCCCAGCGGCUGCAAACAAGAUCUUGAUGCCUCAUGUCAGCACCAAACGCGACCUCGCCCUACUUAAACAAGAGCCCGUCCUCCAGGAGCUCGCAGCUCUACCUCCAGACAGGUCGAACGUGUAUUUUGCCACGGAACUUCCCGCGCUGGUUCAAUAUGAGGUUGAUAUAGUUUCGCUGGUGGCCGGUGCGGACAGGGUAAUCUUGGCCCAUGGGGAACCGCCUUCAGUCCCACUUUCCUACUAUCCUUUGAGGAGACUCGGGGACAUCCUGGAAAAGCCAUUGGUGGAUUUUCCUGGGGGACACAACGGAUACGUCACCCACCCAAAAGAUUUUGCAAUCAAGUUGAUUGACGCUCUUCGGCCUUUGAGACACAAGCUCUGA